AUGGAACCAUGUGAUUGGUGGACUCCGAUGAGUACAGUCCGGAAAAUAAGGUUGAACCAAUGCAGGAAAAUAUGGCUCCACCGCCGACCAAGUGGACUAAAUAGCGAACGAAACUUGAGCUUAGUGACUCAGCCAUUCCGUGAGAUGGUUCUCCACUGUCCUCACUGUAUUGGUUCGACGAAGAAGCAUGGGAUAGAUUCACUGAAUGCCUUUAAUAUGACCAUAGCUGCAAGGAUAAUAGGUCCUGAAAAAUGGCUUGGAAACGAGGAAAUGGAUGGGUUCAUGUAUAUAUGGCGAGUGAAGACAUAUUUGUGGCAUUGGACACCAGACCGUGUUGCUUUCAUGCCCGUUUAUUUCAGCCUACAAAUUGAGAAGGCACACCCCAUGUUUGGCCGUCUUCAUUACAUCCCCGUAUUAACAGAUUUAGCAAUGUUCAACGUAGGUAAUCACUGGAUAGCUGUCUGCGUCAAUCUGAUUGAGAAGGCAGUUGAAGUAUUUGAUUUCUCUCAGGGAAGGAAUAGGCAAUUCGUGGAGAAGUUCGCUGUUAUGAUUCCUAGGAUAUUAAAGGCUGUUGCACCACCUGAAAUCAAGAAGCAUCUACUCCUGAAAAAUUAUUUUAUCGUAGAGGUACCUCUGAAGGCUAGAUUGAACAAUAGUUCAUGUGAUUGCGGGGAAUAUGCACUCAAACAUUUGGAAUGCUACCUCCUUGGUCUUGACCUCAGUUUAGUGGAUGACGAAAUCCUCCAGAAUUGUGGACAAAAAUUGCUCUGGAUAUAUGGGUGGCUACACAAGAUCUCGUUAUAA